AGUUCAAAGUCUUUCGCAUCCAACAACAUAUCGAGCCGAUCAACCAAACGUUGGUUAGCUCUUGUUUGAUCCACUCCUUGUGAAAUUAUAUCUCAGAUUUUGAGAUGUCCAAUGUGAUUGGGAGUGUGAGUUUCAUUUGUUUGAUAGUUUUUAUAAGUAGAGUUACAUGCUACGAAGUGCCAUCAGCAAUAAUAGAAGUUGUGCAUCCCAAGGGAUUCAGGGCAUCAAUUCCAGGUGAAAAAGGCUUAACACUUUUCGCCUUCCAUGGAAGGAUAAACGAGGAAUUUGAACAGACAGACGAGGGACAAUUCUCAGCUGACGUGCUGGGACCGGACCCAAUCGGAUUCUGGACCUACACCAACCGCGAAGUCCAUUUGAAAAUUGGUGACGUCAUUCAUUACUGGAUUUAUGUUGUGAAGGAUGGAGUCGAAUAUGAAAGGGUAUCCCUAUCCUAUGAAGUGAAAGAUAACAAGACAUGUGAUCCCGCAGCUGAGUUUCGCUGCUUGAACGACAAGUGUAUACCGAGAAUAUGGUUGUGCAAUUUUGAUGAUGAUUGUGGGGAUAACUCGGAUGAACCAGCUUACGCUUGCGGUCGUCGAAGAUGCCGCUAUGGUUGGCUACGAUGCCCAGGACUCAACAAUUACAGAUGCAUACCGAAAUGGUUAUUCUGCGAUGGCAAAGACGACUGCAAAGACAACAGUGAUGAGCUGACCGAAAACUGUACCACACUCAACCAGAAUAAGAUGCAGGAAAGUGCACAUAAUAGCACUGGUAUUGAAAAGUGAUUGAUAAUUAUACUCUGUACAAAAUCACUUCUUACUUGGGUGAGACAUGCGCAGCAGAGAAGGCAUUCAGAGGUAGGGAUACAAUGGGUCGAUGUCUAACGAGGCAAACGACAGAAGAGUCCUGCGACAGUCGAGACCAGCGACGGUAGAGACCUGCGACAUUCGAGGCCAGCGACGGUACAGGACUCCUGAAAAAGAGGCCUCAAAUGUCGCCUGCGUUAGGCGACAGUUGAGGCCUCUCGAAUUUUUGUACAGCUACGACAGUCGAGACCUGCGACGGUAGAGGACUCCUGAAAAAGAGGCCUCAAAUGUCGCCUGCGUUAGGCGACAGUAGAGGACUCUUCAAUUUUCGUACACUCCCGACAGUCGAGGCCUACGACCGUAAAGGACUGGAAAACAGUCCUCUACUGUCGCAGGCCUCGAAUGUCGUAGGUCUCGACUGUCGCGCCCCCGAUACAAUGGCUGCGAAGUUGCCGUUCUAACCGGCCAGCAUUCCUCUAAUUUCUCGUGAGUAUUAAGCGCUCAUGUUAAACUUACGGAGUUUCCUGUCUGGAAUCCUCCAGUCGACUGACUUUAAUCGACAAAUUGGCAACUGCGCUUCUACCUAUUACUCUAUCCAUCACUGUAAUUGACUGAUCUCCCUCCAUUUCUCUGCGCCGCAUAUUCCUCCAAGUCAGAAGUUAAUUUGUACGGAGUAUAGAUUGUAUUCAUGUAACAGAAAAUAUUGUAGUGUAAUCAGUGAAACAAGUUAUUCGCAACGUUAUAAGAAAACUCAUUACAAUAUUCUACCAGAAAGAAACCACAUACUUCAACGUAACAAUACAAACAAUAUUCCAAUUUGAAGCAAAUGAGUUAUAGUGAGAUACAAGUUAUAAUGACAGUAUUUAAUGUUGACAACAUUUGUGUUGCUAUCCUUGUUUAUCAUUCGACAAAGCCGAUAGCACUCAGUUCUAGCUAUGUAACGUUGCCAGAUCAUUUUUUUGUAAUUAGAUUUAUAAUUAAUUUGAAAAAAAAUUAAUCUCAAUUUUAUGGAAAUUUAUUAUUUGAUCAUUAAAAAAUUUUCUUGACUAAAAAAAUAUAAAUGGAAAUUAAACUCAGCUGUGUAUGCAAUGUCCAGGCUCAGGAGGGUAUUAGUUCAUGAGGCAGUGAUCUCUGCUUACUAUGGAUAUUAUGAAUCAUUACUGUAUUAUGGUAUAUUGCCGUGGGGAGGAUCAAGAUUUUCUGCCUCUAUCUUCCGUGCCCCAAAGAAUCAUAUUUAAAAAGCCACCCCGUUUCUCGUGUAGAUCGCUAUUCAAAGAUAAUAGAAUUUCGACGGUUCCUAGUCUCUAUUUGAACCAUCUGGCAAUCAUUGCUUAUAAAAUGAAAGAUGAUUGGCUGACAGGUGUGGAUGUUCAUCAACACAAUACAAGAUACAGGGGCUUAGUCAGUGUUGAACAGCACAGGACAGGGUUUUAUGAGCACAUUUUAUUUUAGCGUAUGGCCCUACGACACAAAUCUUUAUGUUAUCUAACAUAAGUCAAACAUAUAGACAAUGAAGUCAUCUUAGUCACAAGUUUGAAAAAAGGUGGAACACAAAUUGAAAAAAAAAAAUUUAAAAGUUAUAAACAUAUAUUAUCUAGUCGAUUUAAAUAUGCCACUGCAUCUGGUGUAGCUACCAGGAAGUCAUCCAGCCUGCCCUCAUAAGCUGUUCUUGUGCACUCUUCUACAAUGUGUCUUAUGGUUUGCACAGCGCCACACUCACAAAAAGGCGUUGGAGCCUUUCCCCACUUGUGCAAGGGGGGGUGUAAUGUUAGUUCGCCUCCUCGUGGUGCACCCUGGAUAACGCUAAAUGAGCUAACGCCUACAACUGGCGGUCAGACAAACGAUUGUUCUCCUGACCAUACACGACACAACUCUACUUUUUUUUAUGAGCACAACCCAAAUUACAUUGGCAAAAAAGUGUUUAACUGUUUACCCCAGAAUAUAAAAGCUGCCCAAACCCUAAACUCUUUCAAGUCUAAUCUAAAAUGUUGGCUAUUGAAAUGUUUUUAUGAGUGGCGAAGUAUCUUCGACCAUUGAAUACGUUACAUUAGUUAUAAAUGUUGUAUGGCCUUAGAUAUUAUAAGUUAUUGUGUUAUGAUGUACAAAAUUGUUCUAUUAUGUACAAAAUUAUUGUGUUUUGUGUAUCAAUAUCUUGUUUUCUCUCUUAUUUUAUGACUAUUGUCGAAAUGGUGCUUGUCACUAUCCAUGACAGUAUAAUAAACCAAUAAACAAAGAAA